CUAUUCAAGUGCUGAAUCUUGCCAAAAGUUGCUGCUGUGCUUGAAACCCACACGUCCCCUAUCAUUUGUUUUGGGGAGAGCCUCUGGAAAGCCACACUGACACGAUGGUGCUGCUGACUGCAUUUCCGUCUGGAUUGGCUCUAAGCUCCAGCAUGCUGUUGCUGUUGCUGUUUCUGGAAUUGGAAGCGUAGCACAUUCUCCACCCUUGCGUGCUUUUUUGCAGAUAUACAGAGCGGAGUGAUCUGGUGGGGGGGGUCUUUUUUGGUGGGGGGUGGAACUGAAGAUUGCAACCAAGGAUAUAAGGAGAUAAAAGAACAAUCUAGCAACAAUGAUCAUAUUUUUGGAGUCUAGCUUUUUACCAAGCAGCCUCACCUCUGGACCCCCUUAUGGUUGUUGAUUUGAAUUCUGGACACAGGGUUAAAGCUUCAGUCUCUUGGUGUAUCUGCUGGGUUUUCUGUGUGAAAUGGGAGGCAUUGGGGAAAGGGAUUUUCCAUGAUUCUUUCUUGGAGGUGUAAUUAAGAGGACUUGCUGAAAUUUUAAUCUAUGGUGGCCUGUAACCCUUUCCAGCUUUCACUUGGAAUAGCCCACCACUCUGGCCUCUCCAUGGAAGCAUCUGUGUAUAUCUGAUAUUAGACCAUAUUACAGAAGUUGAGGAGGGGGAUGGCUCUUCAUAUUCAUGAAGCCUGCAUAUUUCUGUUGCUAAUUCCUAGUUUGGUCACCGCUGCCUUCAACCAUGAAGACUACCCUGCUGACGAAGGUGAUCAAAUCUCAAAGAAUGAUAAUAAUCUGAUAUUUGAUGACUAUCGAGGGAAAGGUUGGUGUGGAUGACAGUGGUUUGUAUACAAACUGGGAGAGCGGUUUUUUCCAGGGCAUUCCAACUGUCCAUGUGUCUGUAGAGGAGGACCUGUUUGUGACCAACCAGAAUGCCCCAAAAUCAACCCAAAGUGUACUAAAGUAGAACACAAUGGAUGCUGUCCAGAAUGCAAAGAAGUGAGGAACUUUUGUGAAUACCAUGGGAGCUACAAAAUCUUGGAAGAAUUUAAGGCCACAGUAUUUCCAUUUUUCAUCGAGGAUGGGUAA